GAUGAGGAAGGCUGCGAGGGCCGUCAAGACCCACAAUGCGCUCCCGCGUAUGUCGUGGUCGCCUGAAAACCUCUACAACCUCCUGUCACGCUCCUUUGUCCCCUCUUUGGCCAAUGACACCAACUUCAGGCAGACUUACGGCACCAUGUACCACCAACGAUGGCGCUCAAAACGCAUGAUCCGCGCCUAUCACGGCGAUCACCUGCCUGAGAGCAGAUUCAAACGAUGGUUCCUGCCAGUCGAGCUCCCUUCCUACACCAAUCCAGCAGCAUCAGGCUCGUCGAAGCCAAGACCCGGAGGCAUAUUUGAGGGCGUGUCUAGGGGAAGACAAGAAGGCAAUGCGCAGAAGCUGCCCAUUGCGAGCUUGUUUGUGCGGGAGAUUGAGAGGAGACUGGAUACCGCUGUCUUCAGGUGUUGCUUCGCCCGCAGUGUGUGGGAGGCGAGGUCGCUCGUUGUUCAGGGCAAGGUCAAGGUCAACGGCGUCAAGCUCAAUGAUCCCAACCGCUUGUUGGAGCCUGGAGACCUCAUCAGCGUAGAGGCAUCAGCGGUGCCGAUGUUGUCGCCUGAGCUUGAGAGGAGGGCGCAGAGGAGAAUUGCGGCGGCGAAUGCGGGGACGCUGGAGGCCGAAGGAGCGUCAGCAGAGGAGGCGUCAGAAGAGGCAGCAUCAGAGGCUGCUGCGACAGAAAAGCAAGAGGAGGGAAAGGGCAAGACAGAGCCCGAAGAGACUAGCGAGUCUGCUGAAGCCACCUCUGGAGAAGGGGAGACAAAGGAGGCAUCACAUUCCGAGAAGAAGCAAGCCAAGAAGGAGAAGGCAGCGGCUUCGGCUCCAACAAGAGCGCCUGGCGUGCUCCCCUUCAACCUCCCGCCAUUCGCCGCUCCGUCCCUCUUCGUCCCUCCCUACCUCGAGGUCUCCUUCGCGGCCUGCUCGGCCAUCUACCUGCGUCACCCGACGUUGACUUUUCACCAGCAGCAACAGCAGCAGCAGCAGCAGGAUAGGGAGCAAGGGCAGUCAAGCGAUGAGUCUGCUCCUAGUGCCCGCAACUACCGCCCAGCCCGAACGAUUGUCUGCUCCGACCUGCCCACCCCCUAUCACCCCUCGUCAGAAAUGUUCUCCCUAGCAUGGGAGCACUACGCAAAGAACUCGCCGCGCGUUCGCGGAGACCUGCGUCGCCUCAAAAUGACAGCCAGAGUCGGCGCCGCGGACGGAGCGAGGAUAGAGGGAGAGGAGCGUGGCGGUUUUACGCAGGCUAGGGCGCUCGAUGGAUGGAAGAGACUGCAGGCGCAGAGGAGGGGAUGGACAAAGAGGAGGAGUACCGUCAGUGGAACUAGCGAGGCUACGGCUGGGCAGAGGAGAUUGGGCGUGCCUGUCAGCAAGGCCGGGAGAAAGGCGUUGAUGAGGAAGAUGAGGAUGAGAGUCAUGAAGAAGCCGAAGACGGGCAAAAAGUGAAGGCGUGCGGGCACCUGACAAUCCAGCAUGAUACAUCCCACUC